AUGGGGAAUUCAAAAAGUACGGCAGUCCUUAAGAAAGGGGUAAUUGAUGAUGAGUACAACCCAAACACCAUACCCGUAUCUGAACAUUUUGAUGAUAUUUACGCGACGGAACCAGUCCUUACGAGCGUUGAAAAUGUUGAAGAAUACAAUGCAGGCAUCAUACCCGUAGCUGAUAAUGUUGACGAUACUUCCACAACAGAACUAGAUGGUUCUAAAUUGCUACGUAUUGAUGAUGCUCAUGAUUCUUCGUUGUCCGCAAUGAGUAUUAGAACACUGAAUUUUGGCACACCUGUAGCGCAACAUGGAAAUGGGCAAGAACCUUUUCAAUGCUCGUUGCUUGAGUCUUUUGAAAACAAUAAGGAUAAUACGACUAACCUACAGGAUGAAAAUGAAGAGGACACAACUUGCGAGCAGAAGGCAACGGGAUCUGUAUUUUUUGAACGGAAUAAAUCCGCUGAUCAAGCUAGGAAACAGUUCAAUGCACAGAAGCGCGCAGCUUAUCGGAAUAAAAAAGAUGAGAAUAUGGUCAGGUUACAAAAGGAGAAUCAGCCUUCCCUUCCAAAGACUGUCUACUGGCACAUUCGCCACGAUGACAAUGCAGAUGACAUCGAUGUAUUCCUAAGCGACAUCAUGGGCGAUGAGCCGACAGGUCCGAAUUUGAUGGACGAGGAGUACUACAUGUUUCGCAACCAAGGAUCCGAUAAUGACAGCAUGGAUGAUGAGAGCGAAGCAACCAUGACUGGUGGUAAUCCUAGUGAGAUUGAUCCAUUUCACUUUGUCUACUCAAACAUUCCAGACAACACUCACAUCCUGAAACUCGCCGCAAACUGUGAACACUGCAAGGCCAGAAAAUUUGAGUCUGAGACUGACGGGUUCUGCUGUCGCAUGUAUAAAGGAGUUGUUGAUGCGAUCACAUCGGGGGAGACGAGAGCAAGCGCUGUUGGCACCCGAAUAGUUCUCCCUGGAACAUACCCUGGUGGCGACCGCGACAUGAAGAAGAGGCAUAUGGAUGCCAUGGCAAUUGUCCAUACAUACGGGAAGCCUGACAUCUUCUUGACCAUGACUUGCAACCCUAAAUGGGAAGAGAUAACAAAUGAGUUGCUUCCUGGUCAGACGGCGCAAGACCGACCUGAUAUUGUGGCUCGCGUGUUCUACGGCAAACUAGAGGCUAUGAAAUACAUGUUGUUCAAGAAGCAUAUCCUGGGUGUUGUGGUCGCUUACGUUUACGUAGUCGAGUUCCAGAAGAGGGGCCUCCCCCAUGCACAUUUUCUGUUGAUCAUGGAUUCAACAUAUAAGCUUGUCGUCCCGGAGCAGUAUGACCGACUAAUUUCCGCAGAGCUCCCAAACAAGCAGAAGUAUCCGGAAUUGCAUGCAUUGGUGAUACCCGCGCCGUUCAAUGAGAACACAGCACAAGGCAAGGACUCAUACCCAGUUUAUCGGCGUAGAGACGAUGGAAGCUGUGCUAAGGUCCGAGGGAAAAUGUUGGACAACAGAUGGGUUGUGCCUUAUAACCCUUACCUUCUGCGGAUGUUCAAUUGCCACAUCAACGUUGAGGUCUGCUCUAGCAUAAAGGCCGUCAAAUAUCUUUACAAGUACAUUUACAAGGGCCAUGAUAAGGCUUCUUUCAGCAUCGACCAGCCCGAUGCCGAUGGUAACAUCGAUGAGAUCAAGAGAUACGUUGACGCAAGGUGGGUCACCCCUCCGGAGGCUAUGUGGAGGAUAUUUGGCUUCCCACUUUGCGCCAAUUACCCGCCUGUCUUGCAGUUGCCUCUUCAUCUCCCAAAUAUGCACAGGGUUGCAUUCAAUGCGCAGGCUGACUUGAAAAAUGUUGUCGCCUCCGAAAAUGCUUCAAAAUCCAUGUUAACGGAGUAUUUCAAGGCUAACCAGGAACACCCUCGGGCUAGGCAUAUAUUGUACAAGGAUUUUCCCGGAAGCUUCACGUGGCAGAAGAAAAAGAAGUUUUGGAAGCCUAGGGUCGAGCGUUUUCAAAUAGGUCGCAUCGUGUCUGCCAAUCCUGCCGAGGGGGAGCGAUACUACCUGCGUGUGUUGCUAAACCAUGUUACGGGCAAAACAUCCUUCGACGACUUGCUCACCGUGGACGGCGUGCUAUGUGGGAGCUUUAGAGAUGCUGCUGAAAGGUUGGGACUCAUCGAGGCAGACAACACGCUCGACGACUGUCUUACUGAGGCUGAGCAGUGGGCGAUGCCAUGUUCUCUUAGGAGGCUCUUCGCAACCAUCUUGGUGCACUGCGAGCCAGGCGACGUGCGCGGUUUAUGGGAUAGGCACCUCGAGCCUAUGUCAGAUGACUAUCGUCGAACACGCACGUCCCCGAACGAGGUGGAGCAGAUGGUGUUGCUUGACAUUAGGGGUAUGUUGCAGUCCAUGGGUAAAGACAUUGUUGAUUUCGCUCUUCCAAGCAUCGAUGAUGCGUUUGACCCAACCGAGGGCGAGGCAAGAGAGGUCAUCGAGGAAUCAACCGUUGAGUUUGACGUGGAUGACACUAAAUUGGCAUCUUCCCUGAACUUGGAGCAGAGGGCCGCAUACGACGAGAUACUAGCGGCUGUUGAACGCGGUGAUGGGGGUGUAUUCUUUGUUGAUGGCCCUGGAGGUACAGGAAAGACCUUCCUAUACAGGGCGAUGCUUGCCAAGGUGAGGAGCGAUGGCAAGAUUGGUAUCGCUACCGCGACGUCGGGCGUCGCCGCUUCUAUCAUGCCUGGCGGCAGGACUGCCCACUCGAGGUUCAAGAUCCCAUUGAGUUGCGAUGAUGGAGCCUCGUGCAGCUUCACCAAGCAGAGUGGGACCGCCAAGCUGCUAAGGAUGGCCUCAUUGAUAAUAUGGGACGAGGCCAGCAUGACGAAGCGACAAGCGGUCGAGGCAUUGGACAAUAGCAUGCGCGACAUUAUGGGAAUACGCGACCGACCCUUUGGAGGAAAGACUGUUGUUUUUGGUGGGGACUUUAGGCAGGUGCUUCCGGUCGUCAGAAGGGGGUCGCGGGGCCAGAUAAUUGAUGCAACCCUCCGAAGUUCUCAUCUAUGGAAGGGUAUGCGGCAGCUUCGGCUCAUCACCAACAUGAGGGCUCAUAAUGACACGUGGUUUGCAGAUUACUUGCUAAGGGUCGGCAAUGGCACUGAGGAUGUCGACGAUCAAGGCAACAUACUACUCCCUGAAGACAUCUGUCUGCCGUCUACAGGCGAGGUUGACGACCUGGAGAAGCUUAUUGACCACGUGUUUCCGAGUCUAGAUGACAACAUGUCUGAUUCGAAUUACAUGACAUCUCGCGCAAUCCUUUCCACGACAAACGACAAUGUCGACAAGAUAAACAUCCGCAUGAUAGAGCGUUUUCAUGGAGAUGAAGUAAUCUACCAUAGCUUUGACAGUGCGGAGGACGACCCAUAUGGCUACUACGCUCAGGAGUUUCUGAAUGGAUUGACUCCUAACGGUCUUCCUCCGCAUGCACUCAAGCUAAAGCUGAACUGCCCUGUCAUACUUCUAAGGAACAUUGAUCCAGCUAAUGGACUGUGUAACGGCACUAGGCUUGUUGUUAGAGGUUUUGAGAGGAACACCAUUGAUGCAGAAAUCGUGAUUGGACAACACGCUGGCAGGAGGGUCUUCCUUCCUCGAAUACCUCUCUGCCCAUCUGAAAACGACAUGUUUCCGUUCAAGUUUAAAAGGAAGCAAUUUCCUAUAAGGCUUAGCUUUGCUAUGACCAUUAACAAGGCUCAAGGGCAGACCAUCCCGAUUGUUGGUGUCUACCUACCCAAUCCCGUGUUCUCUCAUGGUCAGCUCUAUGUUGCUCUGUCUCGAGCCACCGUGAAAAGAAAUAUAAAGAUACUCAUUCAGAAGGAGAAGCCGAAGGAGAAGGCCAACAAGCAAAAGGACAAUCCAAAGAAGCGAAAAAGACCGACCGUGUCCUUACUGACGUCGAUGAAGAACAUCGUCUACAAGGAAGUCCUUACAGGCUGA